UCUGCUAGAUGAUGAGAUAAUGAUGUACACAACAUCAACAACAGCAUAUGCUCUAGAGAGAGAGAGAGAGAAGAAGAAGAAGGAAGAGAGAAAGAGAGGAGGAGGGGCCAAGUCUUUUUUAUCGCACAUUCUGAUCAUUGAUUCCAGUUGGGUUUACAGAGAAAGCAACUGGGUUUCAUCCAAUUUCAUCUUUUUUAGUGGUGAGUUCGUCCUGAUCUUGAUUCUUCUUUCGUCUCUGCAAACCUUCGUGACCCAAUUUUUAGCUAAAUACAGGAACCCAAAGGACAAGAAUUUCCCCCUAUUUUAUUGUUGAUUUCGUCAUACUUUGUGAAUCAGCUAAUUUACCACCUUGUUUUUGGAUAAGAUUCGAUUUUUUUUCUCCUUCUCUCUCUCUCUCUUUCCAAACUGGUAUGCUUUUGAUGGGUUUUCAGUUCAACAGAGCUAGUUGAGAACGAAGGGUCAUAGAAAUUGCAUUCAAUCAUAAGGGGGUUCUUCGUUUUCACCUCUUAAUUUGAUGACCCUUUGUUCUAUAUGUAAUCUUAACCUUUCAAGGCUUCUAUUGAAGAUAUGUUCCUGGCCUUUGGUUAAGAUGUCUUUGAAUUGCAAGGUCUCUUCUAAUAAUGGUAAAACCUCGUCAAACAACAACUUAAGGCAGCAGCAGCAGCAGCAGCUGAAGAAGAAGAAGUCAAAGGAAGAACCUUUUAAUGGAUCUAGGUUUCUAACCAUGUCUGGAACUAAACUUCUCCUUGUUUUCCUUUUGGGGAUUCUGCUCGGUUCUUUCCCGGGUUCUUUCAUUAACCAAGGUUUUGGUAGAAAGAAUCUAAUUUUACUUGAUCGUUUCAAUGUUAGCAAGGAACAGAUUUAUGCUUUGGCUUCAUCUCUACAUCAAUCUAAUUCGGAAACAGUGUCUAAAUGUGCAAGGGUUUCUCAAUACGAAAUGUUGCGAAAUAAUGCGGUAUGUUCUGUCGAACUUCUAUGCUCAGAUGAAUCCAAACCGAAUGUAGAAUUUGUUAUCGAUCAAUGUCCUGCUGCUGCUACUGCUGAAGAACAUGACAAUUCUCCUAUGAAACUUAAUAAUAAUGUAUUGAAAGCAAGCUUGUGUGUUUGUUUUGGAAUUCUAGUAAGUUUCAUAGUACAAUGUUCAUGUCCGAAAGUGUACAAUGAUAAGAAUAAUCGACAUCAUAAUCAACAACAAAACCCGCAACAUCAUAAUUCUCCGAGUUCAUCUAUAGACAGUGGGAAAUGGAGAAAGAAACUCCUCUUCAUGUUUGUGUUGGUUGGAAUCCUAUUCUCCGUUUGGUUGUAUUGGUAUUUAGACAAGGAUACUCGUUUGAGGAGAAAUGAAACGCUCACGAAUAUGUGCGACGAACGAGCACGGAUGUUACAAGAUCAGUUCAACGCUAGCAUGAAUCAUGUUCAUGCUUUGGCUCUACUUGUCUCCACUUUUCACCAUGAAAAACAACCUUCUGCAAUUGAUCAGAAAACAUUUGAGCAAUACACGGAGAGGACGUCGUUUGAGAGACCGUUAACUAGUGGAGUUGCUUACGCAUUAAGAGUUCGUCAUUCCGAAAGAGAGGAAAUUGAGAAGCAGCAUGGAUGGGUUAUAAGAAAGAUGGAAACCGACGACCAAACCCUUGCUCAGGAUUCAAAUCCCGAGAAUUUGGAACCUUCGCCCGCCAAAGAUGAAUAUGCGCCCGUUAUCUUUUCUCAGAAAACCGUUGCCCAUAUUGUCUCCAUCGAUAUGAUGUCUGGAAGGGAAGAUCGCGAGAAUAUCUUACGAGCAAGAGCAUCGGGAAAUGGAGUUCUUACGUCUCCGUUUAAGUUACUGAAAUCGAAUCAUCUUGGUGUCGUACUCACUUUUGCUGUUUAUAACACUCAUCUUCCUCCAAACGCGACACAGGAUCAACGCAUUAACGCCACUGUCGGGUAUUUGGGGGCUUCUUACGAUGUUCCGUCGCUUGUGGAUAAGCUUCUACAGCAGCUAGCAAGUAAACAGACGAUCGUGGUUCAUGUUUACGAUACGACGAGCAAAUCUUUUCCUAUGAAGAUGUAUGGUGAGGAUGUUAUCGAUACGGGUGCUUUGCACGUUAGCAAUCUUGAUUUCGGAGACCCUGCUAGGAAACACGAGAUGCGUUGUAGAUUCAAACAUAAUGCUCCUCCACCUUGGACGGCAAUAAUGGCAUCAAUGGGAGUUUUUGUUAUUGUAUUGCUCAUUGGUCAUAUCCUUCACGCUGCCAUUAACCGAAUAGCUCAAGUUGAAGAAGAUUGCGCUAUUAUGAUGAAACUUAAACAUCUAGCUGAAGUAGCACAUGUUGCGAAAUCUCAGUUCCUUGCUACGGUUUCACAUGAAAUCAGAACCCCGAUGAAUGGUGUAUUAGGCAUGUUACAGAUGCUUAUGGACACGGAACUUGAUUCAAAUCAAUUGGACUUUGCUCAGACGGCUCAUUCUAGUGGAAACGAUUUAAUAUCGUUGAUUAACCAGGUUCUUGAUCAAGCGAAGAUAGAAUCGGGCAAGCUUGAACUUGAGGCUGUAGCAUUCGAUCUGCGUGCUGCUCUCGAUCGUGUUUUGUCGCUUUUUAUUGUCAAAUCUCACGAGAAAGGCAUUGAGAUGGCCGUUUACGUUUCUCAACAAGUUCCCGACGUUGUUAUUGGAGAUCCUGUGAGAUUCCGUCAAACAAUUAUCAAUCUUGUCGGAAACUCUAUAAAGUUCGCAAAGGAAAAAGGUCAUAUCUUCAUAUCGGUACAUGUGGUGGAUGAAGUUAUAGAUGUACGAGAUGAAGUGUUAAGACAAACCCUACCCGAGUUGGCAAAUGAUAGUUUGAAAAACAACACGUUGAGUGGUUUUCCCGUCGUUAAUAGAUGGAAGAUUUGGGAAAAUAUCAAUAAGGGUAGCAUUGAAGUGGAAAGAAGCGAAAAAAUCAAACUUCUAGUAACGGUAGAGGAUACGGGAGUUGGAAUCUUACCCGAGACUCAACAAAAUAUUUUCACGCCUUUCGUUCAAGGCGAUAGCUCAACUUCGAGGAAUUAUGGAGGGACUGGGAUAGGCCUAAGCAUAAGCAAGAGUUUUGUUGAGCUUAUGGGUGGAAAAAUUGAUUUCGCAAGUGAAUGUGGAAUCGGAAGCACUUUCUCAUUCACUGCGACUCUCCUUAAGGGAGAGAUCAAAUCCUUGGAAUUCGAUAGGCAUCAAUUGGAAUUCGAUAGGCAUCAAUACGAGUUUUUUGGUCUCCGAGCUUUAGUGGUCGAUACGAGGACCAUUCGAGCCGAAGUCACAAGAUAUUAUCUUCAAAGACUGGGGAUUUCUUCUGAGGUCGCGAAUAAUUUGGAAUCGGCAUCGAAUUUCGGGAUUGUUUUUGUCGAUAAGGAGGUUUGGGACAUGGAAGGAGGAUUAAGGUUUAAACGAAAUGGAUCUUCACCGAAAAUAUUUUUGUUGGCGAUGUCUAUGAAUACAAUCGAGCAAAACGAAAUCAUAUCAGAGGGUUUAGUGGACACAGUGCUUGUGAAGCCGCUAAGGUUGAGUGUUCUUGGUUCUAGAGUUCAAGAAGUUCUUGGAAUUGAAAAGAGUAAGCAAUUGAAUAAAGGAAAACAGACUUCUUUGGGUCCUUUGUUGAGAGGCAAACAAAUUUUGGUGGUGGAUGAUAAUAAAGUUAAUCGAAGGGUAGCCGAAGGUGCCCUUAAGAAGUACGGAGCUAUUGUUAGUUGUGUUGAUAAUGGUAAGGAUGCGUUAAAGAUGCUUAAACCGCCUCAUGAGUUCGACGCUUGUUUUAUGGAUCUUCAAAUGCCUGAACUUGACGGGUUUGAAGCUACGAAACAGAUACGAGAACUAGAAAGAAAGUUCAACGAAAGAAGCAAAUUGAAUGAAGAGAUGUUUGGAAACGCAUUAUCGCAUUGGCACACUCCUAUAUUGGCGAUGACUGCUGAUGUAUUUCACGCCACUAAUGAUAAAUGUAGGGAAAACGGUUUGGAUGAUCUUGUAUCGAAACCUUUUGAAGAAGGACAAUUAUACACAGCGGUAGCUCGUUUCUUCUAGUUGGAUUGGAUCAAUUGUUCCCCGAUAGUUUCCACGACUGAGCUUCUUCAAUUAUCCGCUCUCAUUCUUUAUGGAUUUCUUUUUCAGGAAAGCUGAUAUGUACAUUGAAACAGGAUCGCCAUUGUAUAUAAUCUUCGAUUUUCAGCUAUAGCUUAGAGAACCGCAAAAUAUAAAGAUUAAAUAUUUAUUACAAUAGCAAAUUUCAGUUAGAUUUAGAGGACUUGUGGUUGGGGGAAUUUGCCUCGUUUAGUCUUUCAACACUUUUUAUUUUAUUUUAAAUCUACCUCUUGUAUCGAUAUCUUGUAAUGUUCGAUUUGUAUGUGUGUGAUGAGAAACACCAAACAAGUGGUAUAGUUUGUACAGUGGAUUCAUUUGAACCUAGUUUAGGCUAGGCUUUAGUGGGAUUGUUUGAAGAGAAUUGAAUGUUUUUGGCUCUGUAUCUCAAGAACAUGUUUGUGAAUAAACAGUUAUAUUGAAUCAAUGUCACUUUAUCUA